AGCUCCGGGUCCCACGGACUAUGGAGGGCGGGAUGGCGCUCGCCAGGUUCCCAGCAGAACCCUUAUGGAGGAGCUGCAAUUUCGUUAUGGCCGCAUUUUUCGCACUGGCGGCCUACGUGCAGAUAAAUGACCCAGAUGCAGAACUGUGGAUGGUUAUAUAUAUGAUACCAGCUAUACUUACUCUACUUGUUGGACUUAAUCCUCUGAUCACAGGUAAUUAUAUCUGGAAGAGCCUUACCAUGCUGCACUUAUUCCUUUGUGCUCUGGGAGCUGUUAACUUGGGCUUCUACCUCUUCCUUCAUACAGAAAGGAACAUCUUACAUGAGGAGGAAGGCAGGGAGCUGUUUGGGCUUGGGAUUAUUAUAGUAUGGCUAAGUCUUUGCCACAUCUCAACAAAAAAUCCAGUUGGUAGAAGAGUUCAACUGGUUGUUGCCAUUGUUAUUUCUCUUUGCCCGUUUAUCACAUGGGUCUACAUAUAUGUAAACAAAGAGAUGCGUUCUACUUGGCCAACACAUUGCAAGACAGCCAUUUAAAUGAAUUUAUACAUCCUUUUCAUAAAAUGAAUGUUUUCAUAAGUCUGUCAUAUUAAAUUUGAUUACAAGUUAGUCAAUUCAUAUGAUUUAAGAUGUACUAGUAAAGAGUUUUGACCCAAGAGCUCUUUAAAAUUGACUGACUAGGGGCAGCUAGGUGGCGCAGUGGAUAGAGCACCGGCCCUGAAGUCAGGAGUACCUGAGUUCAAAUCCGGCCUCAGACACUUAACACACACUUACUAGCUGUGUGACCCUGGGCAAG